AUGAAUUAAUUUGAAUAAUGUGAAAGAAGGAAGCAGUGUUCAUUGGAUUAAAUGUUCAAGAAAUACGAGGAAGCCACCCAAAGAUAUUAGAAGGGUUUAGAGGACAAAAUAUAGAGAGCAAAAUUAGAAUCUGAUAAAGCGAGGGAAGCAUAAUUUAUUUAAAAGCUCGAGGCUUAGAAUAAGAAAAUAGAGUUCGAUGAAAAAUUGUACGAAUCUUAGGAGAGAAAAAAGGAUAUAGAAAAACAUAUGUUGGAGAAGCAGUAAUAAAAAAAAAUAAAAGAUGAGGAAGUAAGAAGAAAGAAGAAGGAAAAUGAAGAUGAAAAACUGUAAAAAUUAUUGAAGAAAUAAGAAAAAAAGGAUGUUCAAGUGAAGAAGAUGAAAAAAGAUGUUUAAAAGAUUAAAAGGAAAGAUGAAUUAAAAAUUUUAUUAGAUCAAUCAGUAUCAGAUGAUGCAUCAUUUGAGUUGGAAGUGGAAAAAAAGAGAUAAUGCAAAUCAUUAUCAGGUUCUUUAUAAGCAUUGGAGAGCGAUUAAAUCAAAGUUGAAAUUAAGGAAAAUAAGAAAAAGCAAAAGUUAAAGAACUUUAUGCCCUCAAAAACAUUUAGAGAAUAAUCUGUACCCACUAUUAAGAAAUCUGUCAUAUUUCCUAUUUUAAUUCGAUCCAAAUACGAUGAUAAUUCAUAUCUUUUACAAUCAUUCCUAUAACAAUAAUAGCCAUAAUCACCUACUUUCAAAAAUGAAGAAAAUUCAAGUACAAAUGUUACUCCAAAAAAAGAGAAGGAAGAGGAACCUCAGUUUUUCAAACUAUGUUAGAUUUGCAAUAGUAUUAUAGAAAAUGAAGAUGACAACAAGCAUAUUUAGUCUAAAUCUCAUAAAUAAACAAAAUAAUAUUAUAAUCUAACAGCUACUUAAAAUGAUAUCUUGGUUGUAAAAGGAUCCAAGGAUGAGAUUUCAUAGAAUAGAUUUUAAUCAAUAAGAAAAAGAUGUCAAAAAAUUAAACAAAAGAUCUAAUAAAAGAGUCUACAACUAGAAAAUAUGAAUAUUUAUUGUUAUAAAGAACCUGGCAAUAGUUAUAAUAGAUAAAGAAUUUAAAAAUUAUCAAAUGAUCUAGAUAAACUGUUGAACAAUUAAAUUAAGGAUUUGUAUUAAAUUGAAUAAUUAAUGAAAGAACUAUUAAAAUUGGUAAAUUAAGAAACAGAUUUGAUAAAUCUAAGAUAAAUGAAGUUCAUUUAAAUUGUUAUUGAAGUUUUCAAGAAGAUAUCUUCCUGCCAUAAAAAUGAAUAUACAUAAUAUCUUAAAAUUAUUGGAGUGGCAACUGAAAUAGUUUAUUAGUUUUGUAGUGUAUACAAUAAUAGAACUUACAUGUUGGCAAGUAAUAAGUUAUUGCCUAUUAUUGAUUUCAUGUACAACUUUUUAGCUUCCAAACCAACCAAAUUUAUAUACAGUUAUCAAUUUGUUGCUUAAUGUUUUUAAAUAUUUAGUUUGCUUAUUAAACAUAAAUUACCAACUGAUCCACUCUCUGAUUUAAACAUUCAGGAAAUCUAAGAGGAUACCUUAGAAUAUAUGUAUUGUUGUGGAUUAUUCAAUAAGAUGAAGCUAAGAUUUCUAUCAUUUGAAAAGGAUUACAUCAAUUCUGAAGGAAAGAUACCUGUUGCUUUAGUUAAGAGUGUUGCUUUUAUUGAAGCAGCAACAAACUACCAUGGAUUUGAGACAUAGAAUAAAUCAUUAUUCGAUGAAGAGGGAAAACGAAUAUCCAAAAGUUUUGAAGAGCAUCUCAAAUUUGUAAUUAAAGAAACAGAACUGUUUGGUUUAAUCUAAUUGAUUAGUUAAAUGGUUGUGGGUGAAGAGAUCUGUUUUACUACUAAUAAAUUACUCCCCUAGACAAUUAUAAGUUUUUUCAUGGUUGGAAUCAAGACUUUGAACAAUAUUUCUAGAUUAAAUAUUAUAGUAUUAUAGGAGACUAUGAACAAAUCAUCUAAUAAAUAAGAAGUUCAUAUGAUAAUCUAAAGACUUGUAACAUAUUGUAAAUGCAACCUUGAGUAAAGUCAAGAUCUAAAAGAUUUAUUAAAUGAAUUAAUUCUUUUAAUUGGAUAUUAUUGUGUUUUGAAUCAAAACAAUUAAAAUUCACUUGUAGGAUCUAUGAAGAAGAUAUCUGUGCUUCAUAAUUUAUUGUAAAUGCCUUCUCAAUUUUAUGUUGAUAAAAUGUUAAAGAACAUUCUCUUUCCUACUCUACUUUGCUGUAUGUUCAGAAACCCAAACAACAUGAAAAUUGUAUUAGAUGAAAUGGAUAAAUCCUAUUUCUUAGAAAUUUUGUAAUAUGAUUCCGAAUAAUUUUAUGAAAACCAAAAUGGUCAAUAGUUAUAAAGAUCGCCUUCAAUGUCGAGUACAAAUUCUUAGAACUCUGUAUUUCCAUACAGUUCUGCCAUUUACUUUAAGUUGAGUUAACGCUUUCCUAUGUGCUAUUUUAAAGAAGCCUAUAAAGAAUUACUAGAUUAUAAGGAUUGA